CUCUUUCAUGCUUCAUCAUCUGCACGCACCUAGACCAUUUUCACUUCUUUGGCCGGCCAUUUCUCAUCAUUUCGGCAGGACCGACCUUCGUUUGAACACUGUAUCUUCUUUCUUUUUCCCUCUUUGAUAUAAAAGGAAAUAUCAUCACAUCCCACAUAUACUACCAACACAGCUCUACCAAGAUGCGUCCCUCGUCAAUCUUCUUCCUUGCUGCCCAGCUCUCGGCCGUCUGGGCUCUGCCCACUGCCCCGGCCCCGGCAACCAGCUCAGUCGACGCCGGUGCGGCCAAGCCCGGCGCAGCCAAGGCUGGUGCGGCCAAAGCUGGAGAAAAGGCCUCUGGCGCCGCCGAAGGUGCAAAGGAGGCAGGUGGCGCAAAGAAGGAGGGGGAGGAGAAGAAGGAUGAACGGGACAUUGCUGGCCAGUUUGGCGUCGCGGUGGCGCUGGAAGCCGGCGCGACCAAGCAGGACGUCAAGUUCCCACCCGGGAAAAACGGCGUGUUCGAGGUCGAGUUCCAAAACACCGCAGCGGGCCGCACCCUCAUGGUGACGGAGAACAAGACCCCGCCGCCCCCUCCGGCCGGCUUCGUCGCCCUCGAGCCGUCGUCGUACAAGGUGUCGCUCGCCGAGGGUGCCGACAACAUCACGCUGCAGCAGAUUGACUACAUUCUGAACGCCGACAACAAGCUCGACAUUCGCCAAGGCAAGAUCGGCAGGCUCUGCACCGAGGUCAACGCCUUCGUCAUCGACAAGAACGUCGGCGAGCUCGAGUUCGAGGAGGAGGAGAACGAGCUCAAGAUGGUGGUCAAGAACAUGAACGCCGAGUGGGGCAUCUUCCUUCCCCAGGCUGCCGGUGCUGCUCCCGUGGCCAAGCCUGCUGCUGGCGCCGGUGCCGAAGCAGGAGCUGGCAAGGGGGCUGGCAAGGAGGCUGGCAAGGAGGCUGGCAAGGAGGCUGGAGCCGGAGCUGGUGCCGGUGCCGGUGCCGGUGCCGGUGCUGGUUCAGGAACGUCAAUGGCCGACCUUCUCCGCCAGCUCCUGGGCCUGGCCUAAACCGUUCCGUUCAUCGAUCUGCUCUCAACUGAGCUAUUUCCCACAAGCUCGAAUGCUCCGCGAUACAACAUCAUCAGACCUUGUUCUCUAUAUUCUUUUCUUCGCUUCUCGCUUUCCCCCUUUUGGCCCCCAAGCGCUGAAGCCUUGGCAAACACGGCCUGGUGACAAGGCUGUUUAUUCUUUUUUUUCACUUUUUUUGACAUUCGGAGCACGGCAGAUUGUGUGGAUUGUAUAUAGAAGGCGUUUAUUACAUUGAUAUAUCCUAGAGAUAAAAGUAAAAAAGAUGCCGCGUUUGGACCC